AUGAACCAGGACGCCAUCACAAUGACCGAAGCCAGCACCUUAGAAGCAACUGCCAGCAAGGAACCUAGCGCCCCAUUGACGGAACAAAAGAGCGACGAGACAAACGGGACGGACGAGGUCAGCCAGCCCAGCGCCAGCGACAUCAAGAGCGACGCGGGCGACAAGGAUAAGACUGAGGACAAGGCGGAAGAGAAAGCCGCGUUCAAUCCCGAGGAGAAGGGCGAGAGCAAAGUUGACAGCAUCGAUAAGGCAACGACUGACAGCAAAGAUGAUGAUGAUGAGGAGGACAGCGAGGAAGACGCAGAGGGGGCAGAGUAUGAGGUCGAAAGAGUUGUUGGCCACAAGCACACAAAGGGGAAACUACAGUACCAUUUGAAGUGGAACGGAUACGACUCGGACGAAAACACAUGGGAGAACAAGGAAAAUGUCUUUUGCACGGAUCUCGUUGAGGCAUACUGGGUGCGUCACGAGCAAGCAGGAGGAUCAAGGAGCGACCUAAAGGGCACGGAUGGUGUCCAUGUCAAGAAGGAGCCUGCAAGGACAGCAAGGUCUAAUGGUGCGAGGAGGACAAAGAAGGACCGUGAUGGCGAUACCGUGAUGAGUAUGACGCCUGCCAAGAGACAAAGGACAAGCGACACGUCAAAGGAGGUCAUGAGAGCAGAGGGCGGAGCCGAGGAUGUUACGAGCAACAACAACAACAAGAACAGCAGCAGUAGCAGCAAUGACAGCAGCUGGAAGCCACCCAAUAGCUGGACAUCAUGGGAGGACAAGGUGAAGUCGAUCCUGACGGUGGAGCGAAGCAAUCAGAAGCUGCUAAUCCGUCUGCUGUGGAUCAACGGCAAGGAGACACAUCACUCGAUCGAGGAAGCCCACCAGAAGUGUCCCCAGAAGCUGAUCCAGUUCUACGAGGCCCAUAUCAAGUUCUCCCAGGCGUAG